ACUUGAUUUCUCCCGCAGUUUCCUUUUUUCCAAAAUAUUCUUAAUUGGAAUUAUUCAAUAUCGUGUUAUGUCUGGUUGUUGUUAAACUACUUUGAAUAAAGCCACACAGAAGACUUUUGGAUCUUUUUCUUGAUGUUUUUCUGGGUAGGUUUCAACCGCCGUUGGUUAUUCUGAUCUGGGUUUUCUUGUUUAUGCCAAGAUAUUCCUCAUUUUCAAGAUUCUUUUAUUGAGGUAAGCAAAUUAUCUUGGAGUUUCUGGCAAUGGAAAUGUUUCAAAAUUGCAUGAUAUUGUGUUAAUGGGAUUUGUAAAUGGUAAAAUUCAGAUUUUUUUGGCUUGCAGUAGAACGCCAAUUGGUUUUGUUGCAAGUUUUGUUGAAUAAUCCUGAUCUCGGUGUGUAUCUAUUGGAUCUCAAGAGUGGCUUCUGCUUUGUUUUUGAAGCCAUUCAUUUUAUCACCCCUUUUCAUGUAUAUAAUUGAAUUUGGAUUGAUAAAAGAUGUGAUGUUGCUGUUGAAAAUUUACAGUUUAGCUUCAAGGAGCAGCUUUUCUUUGAAUGAUCUGAAACCCCAUUGGAUUGAAUAGAAGAAUUAGACAUUUCUGAGUUGUACAAUCUGAUCAAACUCAUUGUAUUUUGUUAACUUUAUUGGUCAAAGGUAGUUGAAUAAAAAGUUAUGGAUUUAGCUCAGGAAGAACCUGCUGGAGAUGGAGAUAUGGAGGAAUUGGUUAGAGUAUACUCUGGUAAUAUUCCAAUCGGGGAAAAUCAUCUUCACAGAACACAUUUUCCUGGUAUGGUGAAACAGAAAGCAUAUAUUUUUGAUGGUCUUGGAAAUUAUUAUAAUAAGGAGUGGGAUCUUGCUGAAGGUGGUGGCAAGGAGUUUUGUUGGUACCAUGUAGAACUUCCGAAAGGGAAACAGAAACUCUCUCAAUCUGCACAAUACCUUAUAGAUGUUCUUUGUCCACCUUUAAAGCUUCAAGGCAUUCUCUCACUUGUUAGCAAUGGGCCAUUUUGCGGACAUGUUGAUGGAGCGCUUGUCUUUAGGGUUAAUUCACCUGGCCCUCCCUCCAGUAACUUUACAUUUAGACUAGCUGCAAGGGUUACUGAGAGUUCAGUGAUUACCGUGUCUUUGGGACGUGUUCCCAGAUUAGGUUUCUCACCAGUCGGUCAAUCUCUUCUUUCAGAGAUUCCUAGUGUUGAAAGUCCAUCUUCUUAUAGAGGAGAGAGGAAGGAAGGAAGUGGGAUUGUUAUUAAAGAACAUGUUCUCGAGUUCUUGUUGACAAUGAAUCACUCUGAGGAGGCUGAUAAUCCUGUUCCUAAGUCCGUCUCCAACCUUGUAGUUCACAUCCUUGACACGCAUGUGGAUCACCUUCAAGAUGUUGUUACUAAACUUGAGAUGGAGCUGGAUUCGGUAGAGCUUGAAUUGGAUAGAGGUGGAUUUGCUUUAAAGAAAGAGAUGCUAGAUGAUAGAAGAUUCCCCAAAAUGCACCUAAAUUUGCAACGUCUCCUGCAGGUGAUUGCCCAUGGGGAGCAAGUAUUUCCCCGAGUCAAGGAAAAAUGUUCUUCCAAACAUUGGUUUGCUAGUGAAGACAUUAACUCCCUUGAAGAGCUGAUUGGACGCUUGAGGAGGCUGAAAGAGAAUGUAGGGUUUUUAGCAAAUCGUGUAACUGCAAUUCAGGCUGGUUUGGAUAGCUGGCAGUCUGAGCAAAUUAACAGAAAACUCUAUUAUCUCUCUUUCCUUUCUAUAAUAUUCCUUCCUUUAUCUGUCAUCACUGGAGUGUUUGGUAUGAAUGUGGGUGGAGUUCCAUGGACUGUGCAAAAGGACCCGGCACUAAAAGAUGGUUUCCGCAAUGUCAUGGUUAUCUGUGUAGCAAUGCUGCUUCUAGUGUUGCUAUGCUUUAUUUUCCCUUCUCUUUAUACCCGAUUGACUGCCUGGCAUAGGAGGAGGUCUUUGAGAAAAAGUUGGUCUCAUAACAGAAGAUCAUUUCUCAAGAGAACCAUUGGAAUUCAAGAGAGAGGUGGUUUCCUCAGGAUUUGACAGAGUUAAAGAAAGUCAUUAUCAUAGUAUUUUCAUUAAAUUAACCUUAAUUGAUUUUUGCUGCUUCAUCAAUCACAUGUAGUGUACCAUUGUAUGCACAUUUAGAGUUGUCAUUUGUCAAUAUUAUUAUUUGGCUGGGGUGAAAAUGGGAAUACUCUGUUCAUCACUUAGUCAUAUUUCAUUAGAGGUGAAUCUUAAUCUUUGCCCUUUGUGUUGUAUAUUUUAUCAUUUUUGUUUUGAAGGUUUACUGUACAGGUUAUUCUUUUAAAGUUAGACUGAACAAAAACACACAUUUUGAAUUUUAUUGCGAUCUCAAUUUGAUGGUAAUUGUGACUUACUUUUUAAGUUCUCCUUUGUAUAUUUGAUGGCUUCUCAAUGUAUUAUCCUGUGAAAGCAGGAAUUUGACUUCAACUUUUGAAGUUUGAAACCCAAUGUACUAACAAUUGCUUGAGAAGUGUUAAAAACGAAAUGAAAGGGUGUAGUUGGCGUCCAUCCUGGGUUCAGUUUCAGUAUAAUUAAGUGGAUUAAUCACCAUCCACUACCUGUUCAAAUGUCUUAAUAGUAACAUAGAACAUUGUUUAUUUCUCUAGUUUCAUGUUUUACCUGGUCCAUUAGGAGUCGUGUGCCCAAGGCAACUACCAAACCAUAUAGCUCAGGCUCAGAGGAAGCUUUCAAGGCAUAUUUUUAGUUCUUGAAAACAGCACAUUUUCAGCACCAUAUUCUAUUAGUUCUGUUGAUUA